CAUACCCCCAGACAGUCUCUCUGGAAACCCCUGAGACUGUCUAAAGGGGUCUUACCAGGAGAAAUCUAUGAUUAGUUCGGUGUGCGUCUCAUCUUACCGUGGACGAAAGUCUGGGAACAAACCCCCCUCCAAAACAUGUCUGAAGGAGGAGAUGGCAAAGGGGGAAGACUCUGGCAAGAUUACCAUCAAUGUAGGGGGCACCCGGCAUGAGACCUAUAGGAGCACCUUGAGGACGCUGCCUGGCACUCGCCUGGCAUGGUUGGCAGACCCUGACACCUCCAGUCACUUGGAUAUUGAGACGGAAGAAAACGAGUUCUUCUUUGAUAGGCACCCAGGUAUCUUCUCCUAUGUCCUCAACUACUACCGCACAGGAAAGCUGCACUGCCCAGCGGACAUCUGUGGACCUCUGUUUGAAGAGGAGUUGGCAUUCUGGGGCAUUGAUGAGACAGAUGUGGAGCCCUGUUGCUGGAUGACAUAUAGACAGCACCGGGAAGCCGAGGAGGCUUUGGAUAUUUUUGAAAAUGUAGAACCUGAAGAUGGUGAUGAGGAGAAGGACUCCACACCAGAGUUACUGUGUAUAGAGGAGAGGCCAGACAGGUCCAGAGGUCGGUGGAAGAGAUGGCAGUCCAAGAUGUGGGCACUGUUUGAGGAUCCCUAUUCAUCUAAAGCUGCUAGGGUAGUGGCCUUUAUUUCUCUUUUCUUCAUCCUGUUGUCUAUUACCACUUUCUGCUUGGAGACCCACGAGGCUUUUAUUGUGGACAGAAAUGUAACAGAACUGGUCAUUGUGGGAAACGUGACGGAAACUUUAGUGGUAAAAGAGAUGAAAACAGACCCUGUUUUGACUUACAUAGAGGGAGUUUGUGUUUUUUGGUUCACAUUGGAAUUCAUUGUCCGAAUUACCUGCUGCCCAGAUAAGUUGGUCUUUGUGAAGAACCUACUGAACAUCAUAGACUUUGUGGCAAUUCUACCAUUUUACCUCGAAGUGGGUCUCAGUGGCUUGUCAUCCAAAGCUGCAAGGGAUGUUCUUGGCUUCUUACGUGUAGUUCGCUUUGUCCGGAUUUUACGUAUAUUCAAACUGACAAGACAUUUUGUUGGACUACGAGUUUUAGGGCACACUCUUCGUGCCAGCACAAAUGAGUUUCUGCUUCUAAUCAUCUUUUUAGCUUUAGGGGUUCUAAUUUUUGCCACCAUGAUCUAUUAUGCUGAACGAAUAGGUGCAAAGUCUUCAGACCCAACUGGAAGCAACCACACACACUUCAAGAACAUUCCCAUAGGAUUCUGGUGGGCAGUGGUAACCAUGACUACUCUUGGGUAUGGGGAUAUGUAUCCACAGACCUGGUCUGGCAUGCUGGUGGGGGCUUUGUGUGCCCUAGCUGGAGUGCUUACUAUCGCAAUGCCUGUUCCAGUCAUUGUGAAUAAUUUUGGAAUGUAUUAUUCUCUUGCAAUGGCCAAACAAAAGCUUCCAAAGAAGAAAAAGAAACAUGUCCCUAGGCCUAUUCUGCUGGACUCUCCAACUACUGCUAAAUCUGAAGACACUUCACAUCGUAACAGCACCCAAAGUGAAUCCUGCCCAUUGGCUGGUGAGGAUGCCACUGAAAAGAGGACAGAUUCUAAGCAAAACGGGGACGCCAACACAGUAAUGUCAGAUGAGGAUCAUGAAGACCCACCUAGAUUUCCACCGAUAGAAGAUAAGAGAAUUAUUCGUCGAGCCAGUGCCAAAGACAAAAACAAGUCAGGGGCCUCUUGCUUUCUUCUGAGUUCUGGAGAUUAUACUUGUGCUGCUGAUGGAGGAAUAAAGAAAGGUAUACGAGAUAUAGAUAUAGAGAUGGACUCACAGAUUCUCCUAGGUUCCUCAUGAAAUAAAUACAUAAUAUUUUUUGACCUGGAUGUAUAUUAACUCUCAAUUUCAUAG